AUGUUAUCUUUAACGUAUUCAAUAGGGAGCAGAGUCGGGUACUUUCCUAAUGCUAGUCGAAAUAUUUUAAAACGAUUCUCAAGUAACUCAACUGGAACUAAUGUGCUAGAUCUUCUUAGGGGGAGAGGCUUAAUAUCCCAAAUAUCUGCACCUGAAGAAGUACUUGCCUCCAAAAUACUACAUGGUGAUAAAUUAAAAAUGUAUUGUGGGGUAGAUCCCACAGCAAAAUCUAUUCAUUUAGGUAAUUUAGUACCCAUGAUGUUAAUGUUAAAUUUUUAUGUUAGAGGCCAUGAUAUUGUAAAUAUUGUAGGUGGAGCUACUGGCGCAGUUGGUGAUCCUAGUGGGAGAUCUACUGAGAGGAAAGCAAUGAACACAGACACUAGAUUGGAUAACGUUUCUCGUAUUACGUUGCAGUUGGAAAGAUUCUUCAAGAACGGGUUGACUUACUACGAAGAUAAAUAUAAAUCUGACGAUAAUGAGGUUAAUAAAAAUUCAGGUGUCUAUACCAUGACAAAUAAUUAUAAUUGGUGGAAAGAUGUGAAAAUGAUUGAAUUUCUCUCACAAUACGGGAAAUAUAUCAGAAUUCAAUCGAUGUUAUCAAGAGACUCUGUGUCUUCUCGGUUAUCAAGUCAAGGUAGUCUUGGAUUUAAUGAAUUUACAUAUCAAAUAUUACAAGCUUAUGAUUUUUAUCAUUUGUAUAGGAACGAAAACACUACAAUUCAAAUUGGUGGUAAUGACCAAUGGGGUAAUAUUACAGCAGGGAUUGAUUUAAUCAAUAGAGUUGAACAAAAUUCGUCAAAUGUGAAGAAAAAUCCUCCAUUUGCCAUUACUGUCCCAUUAUUAACAACUUCCAAUGGACAAAAAUUUGGUAAAAGUGCUGGUAAUGCCAUUUUCUUGGAUGAGGAAAUUAAUACACCAUAUGACAUAUAUCAAUUUUUCUUAAAUACUACUGACGCAGAUGUUGAAAGAUUUUUGAAGAUAUUUACUCUGAUGCCUUUGAACCAAAUUGUAAAAGUAGUUAACAAGCAUAAUGAUUCCCCACAAUUACAUUAUGGUCAAUCUGUAUUAGCUAAAGAAGUAACGGAAUUAAUUCAUGGUACUGCAAAAGCUAAUGAUGCUGAAACCAUCUCGAGAGUUUUAUUCGGUAAUGAUAUAAUUAUUGAAGAUUCGAAGGAAUUGAAGCGAAUAUUUAGUGACGCUAGAAUAUUAAAACAAACUAAUCAAGAAUCAGACCUCGUUACAUUGAUCUCUGAACUAAUGCAAUGUUCGAAAGCAGAAGCAAAACGUAAAAUAGUUCAAGGUGGUGUUUAUUUAGGUGUAAAUAGAGUCCGGGUUGUGAAGAGCAUUUCUGAUUGGGCCCAAUAUUUGAUUGGUAACGAGAUAUUGCUAAUCAGAAUAGGUAAACAGAAAUGUUUUGUUGUUGAAAUGACGGCGUAG